AUGCAAGAGAACUUAGGGAAAGAUUUUUCAAACAAAAGUGGCGAUCUUCCCAUGAUGGAAGCGAUCGAUAACGUCGCAGUUGACGACGAGCCUACAACACAAGAAGCUGAGCAGCGUAUACGCAUACUCCCAGGCUCAAAUGAAACAGCAGCUUCGUUCGAGUUCAAGAAUGAAGAUCAUACACUCGGUAAUGCGUUGCGAUACAUAAUUAUGAAAAACCCCAUGGUUGAGUUUUGCGGCUAUUCUAUCGCUCAUCCCACGGAACCCUUCAUGAACGUGCGAAUACAAACAUAUAGUGGUUCAAGCGCGAUUGAGGCACUAGAAAAGGGCUUUAAUGACCUAAUAGACUUGUGUGAUAUAGUCGCUGAUAAGUUUAUGGCGGCAAGGCAAGACUUUUCUGACAAAAUGGAACUAUAA